UAUAUUUAUGUGUAUGCGCACGAAGUAUACAUCUACAUGUGCAUAAAGCAAAAGUGACAAGUAGUGACGCGCUAUCACCAAGAAAAACAAUAAUGGAGGCGUGUAAUGUCGUUGAACGUGAAGUUGACAAGAUUUUAUUAAAAUUUGGAGUCGUAAACGAACAUGCAGAGACAGUACUGCAAGAUCUCAUAAAUCAUGUCGAAUCUUUAAAAAAGGAAUUUGCAGAAGCACCAUCCAAUCAUGAAUUAACACCAGGCCAAAUACAAAUAUUAAAAGAAACAAUGAAAAAGAUAUGUGAAACUGUGCAUCGUUUAACCACUGAACAUAGAGAGUUACAUGGUUCUGUUUCUAAAGUUGGAAAAGCAAUUGAUAGAAAUUUCACUGCAGAUUUUGCAAGUACAAGUAGAGAAGAUGUUUUUUCAGGCCCUGAAAAAUCACAUCUUCUAAAUCAAGUUAUUUGUCAACAUUUUUAUCGUCAUGGUAUGUUAGAUAUUGCAGCAGAAUUAGCAGCGGAAGCUGGAAUUAAAACAGAUGAAGGUACAAAAGAGCCAUUUACAGAAUUAAAUUAUAUAUUGGAUUGUUUAAAACAAAGAAAUUUGGAACCAGCUCUUGAUUGGGCAAAAAAACAUAGAGAGGCACUUUUAGCACAAAAUUCAUCUCUUGAAUUCAAGUUGCAUAGGUUACAUUUCAUAAGAUUGAUUCAACAAGGACCUAGUAAACAAACAGAAGCAAUAACUUAUGCCCGUCAAAAUCUUACACAAUAUGUUGAACGUCAUGGGAAAGAAGUACAAGCUUUAAUGGGCACGCUACUUUAUUUACCAAAUGGAAUACAAUCCUCCCCUUAUAGUCAUUUAUUAGAUCCCACUUUGUGGUUAGAUAUUCAUGAUGUAUUUACAAGGGAGGCUUGCACAUUAUUUGGUUUAAGUGUAGAUAGUCCUCUUUCAGUAUGUAUUAAUGCUGGUUGUACUGCAUUACCAACACUUCUGAAUAUUAAACAAGUUAUGCAACAAAGACAAGUAAAUACUGUUUGGAAUGGAAAAGAUGAGUUACCUAUUGAAAUAGAUCUUGGUAAAGAAGGUCGUUAUCAUUCUGUCUUUGCAUGCCCAAUUUUAAGGCAACAAAGUACAGAGAAUAAUCCACCAAUGAAAUUAGUCUGUGGACAUGUUAUUUCAAGAGAUGCGUUAAAUAAACUUACGAAUGCAAAUAAAUUAAAAUGUCCAUACUGUCCAGUAGAACAGAAUCCAGAAGAUGCUAGACUUAUAUAUUUUUAGAUUACUGUGAUAUAACAAAAUGAAUGAUCUGUAUAACUCUUAAGCUAAUGGAAAAGAUUAUAUAUAUAUACUUGGAUCAAUUUAUCGUAUGCCGCGAACAUUGAUGGUAA